CGGAGGAAUACUGGAGUGCACAGCGGCGCAGCUGCGCAGAGACGCAGGAGAGAGAGAAUAAAUGCUGUAGUGUUAACAUAUUUAUUUUUUGCUCAUAAUCACACGUAUCGCGAUUAUGCCGGGAAUGAUGGACAAAGGGUCGGAAUAUCUGGGGAAAGGUCGCUCAAAUGGAACGAAAAGCCCGUCGAACGCCUCGAAUGGACAUUUUUCAGACGAGAGCGGCAGUGACGACGAGCACGAUGUGGGCAUGCGUGUGGGAUCAGAUUAUCAAGCUAAUAUUCCAGAAUUUGAUCCAGGUUCCACAAAAUACAGUGACAAAGACAGUGGUGGAAUGUUGGUUUGGUCUCCAUAUCACACAAUAGUCGACUCUAAAUUGGACGAGUACAUUGCGAUUGCAAAAGAAAAGCAUGGAUACAAUGUUGAGCAGGCUCUCGGCAUGCUCUUCUGGCAUAAACACAACAUUGAGAAAUCUCUCGCGGAUCUCCCAAACUUCACCCCCUUCCCUGAUGAGUGGACGGUGGAGGACAAGGUGUUGUUUGAACAAGCAUUCAGUUUUCAUGGGAAGAGCUUUCAUAGGAUCCAGCAGAUGUUGCCAGACAAAUCCAUAUCCAGUCUUGUGAAGUACUACUAUUCGUGGAAAAAAACACGGUCCCGGACAAGUCUAAUGGACCGGCAAGCGCGAAAGCUGGCGAACCGGAGUAAUCAAGAUGAAAGUGAAGAAGAGAUGGAAGAAUCCAACCCCGUUGAGGCCAAUGACAGUGAUUAUGACCCUACGAAAGAGGCAAAGAAGGAGAGUCAAGCAGAACCUCAGACACUAAGUUCCAAAAUUGGACUGGGACGGAGAGACCACCAGACCCUGCAGCACCGUCACCACAGCCAGCGGUCAAAGUGCCGCCCACCCAAAGGCAUGUACCUCACACAGGAGGAUGUGGUGGCCAUCUCCUGCAGCUCCAGUGCAGCAAACUCUGUCCUGCGUCAGCUGGACAUGGAGCUGGUGUCCCUGAAACGACAGGUUCAAAAUGCCAAGCAGUUGAACAGCGGACUUAAACAGAAGAUUGAAAAUGGAAUUGAUGAAUUCAGACUGCCUGAGUGCACCCAAAAAAUUAACGCCCGCUGGACAACAGAUGAGCAGCUCUUGGCAGUACAAGGAGUAAGAAAAUAUGGGAAGGACUUCCAGGCUAUUGCUGAUGUCAUUGGGAAUAAAACAGUGGGACAGGUAAAGAAUUUCUUUGUGAACUAUCGGCGGCGGUUUAACUUGGACGAGGUGCUUCAGGAAUGGGAGGCGGAACAGGGAACUCAUACUCCCAAUGGAGAUGGAGCCAAUUCUGGUGAGGAUGGGAAAAACAGCAACACCUCCUCAGGGAAGAGCACCGAUGAAGAAGAGGAAGAGGGUCAGGUGACCCCAGCCUCUGGUCCAUCUCCUGUAGCCACAUCAUCAUCUCUGACAGCAGCCACCAGCUCCACCUCUCUCAACCAACCUCCACCCCUUUUGCGUCCAUCUCUUCCUGCCACCCCAGCAUUACACCGGCAGCCGCCACCUCUGCAGCAACAAGCCCGCUUCCUUCAGCCCCGUCCUGCCCUGAACCAGCCACCCCCACUCAUUCGACCCUCCAACCCCCUCCCUCCACGCCUCAACCCCAGACCAGCAGCACCCAUUUCCAGCACGGCCACCGCAGCGCCAGGGCAGCAGCCGCCCACUCUGGUGGGCAUCCCAUCUGAGACGCCCUCCUCCUCUCUACACUAAUGUGUUUUAUAAAUCUAUGGCAUUGCAGUUGAAGGUAAUAAUUAGUUAGCAGUGCUCAUUGUGAAUACUAGAAAAAAAGAUUGUUUUAAACUGUAUAUAUUAGUUAUGUAACUUUAUUUAUUUGAACUGUUUUUUUAUUUUAGAUUUUGUAAUCAUGUCGUAACAUUGUACUUUUAAGGGUUAGUUCACCCCAAAAUGAAAAUUGUCAUUAAUUACUCACCCUCAUUUCGUUCCACACCCGUAAGUGUUUCGUUCAUCUUCUGAACACAAAUGAAGAUCUUUUUGAUGAAAUCUGAAAGCUUUCUGUCCCCCCCCAUAGAUUUAGCUGCCACUUUGACUCUUCAAAAAGUUCAUAAAAGAGAUCACAUGACCCACCGGUAGUAAUGGCGGUGUAGUUCGAUUGCUCCCUGACUCGGUAUUCCUUAUAUAUUUGUUUUCAGUUAAACCAUCAACACUUGGUUAGUUUUGGUUGCUCUACUUACGGUGCAACGAAUGAGGAUGGCAAAACGUCAAUUAACGUUGGCUUCUCCAGAGAAAAAGAGAGUUAAAGAUCCUAACGUUCCUGAGGGGGAACUUCGCGCCAUUGUUGCAGAUGAGCUGAAGAUGCACCUCGGCUUCGUCAGGGAACUGUUUAAGGAAGAAUUCGCCCCGAUCGCGGAUAGACUUGGAGUCCUGGAAGAGGAUGUUCGUCUGAUAAGAAACAACUUUGACAACAUGCAGGCUGCUCUCCGUAACGUGAAAAAAGACACCGUGGAAAUCAAGGUAGUAGUGGACUCCCUUCAGGAAAAGUUGGCGAGAAUUGAAGACAAAAACUGCCAGUCUAAUGUCCGUUUAGUGGGACUUAAAGAGGGUGUAGAAUGAGAUGACCCUCUACGAUUUAUACAAAAUCACCUUCCUAAAUGGAUUCCCUCUCUCGCUGGCAAGGUAUUGGAGGUCGAAAGAGCUCACCGUAUAUACAGCGGUGAGCGCGCGAAAUCUACCCCUCGUACAUUCAUCUUCAAGAUGCUGCGGUAUCAAGAUCGGAAUGCGAUCCUGAAUGGAGCUCGAGGUGUUGGAGAAAUUCUUCAUAAUGCAUCUCCGUUGCUUUUCUUCCCAGACUACAGCAAUCAAACUGCGUCCAAGAGGAGAUCGAUGGCAUUGGCAAGGAAGAAACUAACCCAUUUGGGAAUAACGUCUUUUUUGCUUUAUCCCGCGGUAGUGAAAGUCACUCACCAAGGGAAGGUUUCACUUUUUGAGACACCGGCGGAGGUUGAAAAGUUUGUCCGCAAUCUGGAUCCCAUCGCAAAUUCUUCUCUGAAGGGAGUUUCAGUGCCUGUGUCACAAAAAUCCGAGGAUAGUAAGUAUGAAUCUGCAGUUCCCAUGGAGGACCAUACUGAGGCGGUUUGACUGACUAUUUUUUCAUCCGAAAAAUGACCGGGUCAGGUGUUGACGGACGAGCCGGACUGCUUGUUGGCCGCGUAUCCAAAGAUCGUUACUUUGUGGGCAGGUAGAAGAGUGUGUUUCAACUGUUUGCUUACUGCCCAUUUUGUUACUGUUCUUGUUUGCGUUUUUCUGUUCUAUGCCCAAGUCCGCCCACGUAAGUUUAACCAAUUUUAUGUUUACAUUUAUAUGUGUAACGUUAUUUGUAUGUACAUGUAUGUGUAUGCAUAUAUUUCGUUUGCCGCUAUCUUUCCUGGGGAUUAUUUUAUGGUCCUCCCACCUGUUUAUUCUGGUUGGUCUGGAUAUCGCUGUUACUCAAUAACAUGGCUAUAAAUAUAUUGUCAUGGAACGUUAAUGGUCUAAAUAGCCCUAUUAAACGAACCAAAUGCUUAGAUUACCUAAGAUGUAAAAGGGUCUCCAUCGCCCUUAUUCAAGAGUCUAAUUUGAAAUCAGAUGACGUACAUCGCUUUCAAAAUAGAUACUUCAAAGUGAUCUCCUCAUCUUCGGCUGGCAAUAAGACCAAAGGAGUGCUGAUACUGUCUAGGCGUUCUACUAAUUUUUCAAUUAUACGUUCUGGUGGAGAUACAGAAGGCAGAAUUACCUAUGUUGUUGGUUCCCUAAAUAAUACUAAAUAUGCUUUUAUGUCUAUAUAUGCACCUAACGAGGGUGAUCCCCUAUUUUUUCAAGAAUUAUUACGUUUAGUUUUAAAUUUGGAAGACUGUCUUGUGGUUUUAGGGGGCGAUUUUAAUGCUGUGUUGGAUCCUCAGCUAGAUAGAUCUCAGGCCUCUAAGCCUGAUUCAGUGAUUACUGGAUGCUUUAACUCAUUUUUGCGACACUCUAACAUAUGUGAUGUCUGGCGUCUGCAAAAUGACGGUGCCAGGGACUAUACAUUCUUUUCAGCUUGUCAUAAGAGCUAUUCAAGAAUAGACUAUUUACUAAUAAAUGGAAUAAGAGAAGGGGACAUAAGUAAAGUUGAUAUCCUGCCACUUUUAUCUGAUCAUUCCCCUGUAAUUACUACCCUAACACCUGUAUCGUUGGGCUCCAGACCCAACCGCUGGAGAUUUAACACCUCCCUGUUACAGGACUGUACUUUUGUGGCUGAAAUAUGAAACUCUUUGAAGGAAUUUUUGCAGAUUAACACUGAUUCAGCCUCUAACCCUCAAGUAUUGUGGAGCGUAGAGAGAGUCGUAAAAUUGAAUUAGAAAAACAAAUUGAUCUGCUAGAGAAGGAAUUAAAAGGUAAAUUUAGUGAUAUCAAAGCCAAAGAAUUAAAUGUUCUUAAAUCAGAAUUAAAAUCUAUAUAUUUGCAUAGAGCUGAAUUUAUUAUACAUCGUACCAGGCAAUCUUAUUAUUUCUAUGGAGAACGCACCUCUAAGCUUUUGGCUUUAAGGUUGAAGGAUGGUGAAUCCAAAGCCAGUAUAUCUGCUAUUAGACAUGAGGGUUCAGUGUAUACUCAACCUAAGGAUAUAAAUAAAGUGUUUGAAUCAUAUUAUCAACAGUUGUAUACUUCAAAAUUUGUUGUGUCAGUGCUGGAUUCUGAUUUAUUCCUUAAGCAUUUAAAUCUUCCUAAAUUGAAUGAUUCUCAGUGUGAUAUACUGGACAGUCCCUUGACAAUUGAAGAAUUAAAAUCUGCCCUGGAUUCCAUGAGCAAUAAUAAAGCUAAGCUUAGAUGGGAUUCCCCCGGAGUUAUUGAAGAUAUUAUGGGACAUAGUGGCUCCAUUGAUACUUAAUUCUUUUAGUUUUGCUUUAGAAAAAGGUGCUCUACAUAGAGACCAAAACACAGCUUUGAUAACUUUACUGUUGAAGAAAGGAAAGGAUCCCCUUGAGUGUUCUAGUUACAGGCCAAUUGGCCUCCUAUCCACAGAUUCAAAGCUAAUGGCAAAAGUUUUGGCCUUAAGAUUGGAUCGGUGUGUAGGAGACUUGAUCAAGUAUGAUCAGUCAGGUUUUUUUAAGGGGGAGAUUUGCUGCAGACAACAUAUGUAGGCUUCUUCAUGUUAUUCAACAAGCAGACACCUAUAUAGCUUCCUGGAAUUUUUUUGUGGUCUGUCCUGAAGCAUUUUGGACUUGGUUCUUUUUUCCUGCAUGCUGUCAAAACUAUCUAUUUUGAGUGUUCAGCAAGAGUACUUACUGGUCCCCAUAUCUCUCCUUCCUUCUGCCUAGGCAGGGGUACUCGUCAAGGAUGUCCCCUCUCACCCUUGCUUUUUAAUUUAUCAUUAGAGCUUUUGGCAAAAGCGAUUAGACAAUGCUAUGCAAUAGUUCCUAUAAGCUGUAUGAAUACGACCCAUAAAAUUUCACUCUAUGCUGACGAUAUUCUUUUGUAUCUAUCAGAUAUCACAGAUUCUGUUAGUGAAUGCUUAAAAUUAUUCGAUACAUUCGGUAAAUUGUCUGGUUACAAAAUUAAUUGGAGCAAAUCCGUACUUCUGCCCCUUAAUAUAGCUGCUAAAUCAGAGAUUCAGGCCUUACCCACUAUGAUUCCAGUUACCGACCAGUUUAAUUAUCUGGGGAUUAGAGUUUUUUUUUUCUUCACUUUCACACAUUGCCAAAUGGAACUAUCAGUCUCUUCUUGAUAAGAUUAAAAGCAAUCUUCUGUGUUGGUCUCCAUUCUGUUUGGCUCUUCAUGGUAGGAUAGCCACUGUUAAGAUGAAUAUACUUCCGAGGUUGAGCUUUAUAUUCUCUACGUUACCUCUGGCACCACCUAUUGGUUACUUUAAAGAGCUUAAUACAGUGGUAACAAAGUUCUUAUGGAAUAAUAUACGGCCUAGAAUUCGUCUUAAAUCUAUGUACCAGCUGAAACCCCAUGGUGGAUUAUCGCUACCAGAUUUUUGGUCCUAUUAUUUAGCGUACCAAGUGAGACCGCUUAGGACUUGGAUUGAUGUUGACUCUCCUGUGUCAUGGCGGGCCUUAGAAAAUAAUAUUAUUUACCCAUUGCGUCUACAGGAUUUACCUUUUACUGGAAUACCUAAGGUUUUGGAAAAGUUUGGUCCAAUUAUGUCAUUCUAUUAAAAUCUGGAAAGCGGCAGAAAAGAUCAUGGGAGCUUCAGAUUCCUAUAGCAAUUCUACCCCUAUUUGGCAUAACAGUAACCUCUGUACAGGUAAUAAACCGUUUAUUUCUAAAUGCUGGGUUGAACGUGGUAUUUAUACCCUAAAAGAUCUGUACAAUGAUUAUGGGCUUAAGUCCUUUCAGAUCCUACAAGUUGAAUUCUCUCUCUCCCAGGAUUUUCCUUCUUUUUGUAUUUAAGAUUAAGAUCUGCACUAAAAGCUUAUGGAGUACCCUGGUCGACUAAAAUAUCUCCUCACUUUAUGAUAGAGACCUUAACACCAUGAUUAAUUGGGACUCUGUCUGGGGGAAUUGUUUUGCUACCUCAAAAAAUCCGGCCCACCAAAUUAUUCAUUAUAAAUUAAUUCAUAAAGCAUAUGCCAGUCCCUGUUUACUAUAUAAAAUGGAAAAAGUCUGAUCCUUUUUGUCACUUGUGUGAAACCUAGGUACAUAUAUGCAUAUGUUCUGGGACUGUUCUCGAAUUGAGCAGUUCUGGUCUUCAGUCCGGGACUUAUUGAUAGAUCUUCUGAAGACUCAGAUCCAAAAGGACCCUCUGGUUUUUCUUUUGCUAGAUGACUCUUCACUAUCACUGUCUGUCAAUCAAAAGAGGAUUCUGUCAGCUGCCCUUACUGCUGCUAAAAAGGUUAUCCUAAAACUGUGGUUGGAACCAUCUACCCCAGCUAUGUCCACUUGGAUGUCCUAUUUGCUGGACAUUGCUCUUUUGGAGAGCACCACAGCUAAAAUGCAUGGUGCCACCAGAAGGACAAUACAAUUUUGGUUGGACCUUAUUGAGACUUUAUCAAAAAUGUUAAAAUCUUGAUCUAUUUAUUUUUAUUAAGUCUUAUUGUAUCUUUUUUUUAUGAUUGUGGGUGGAUCUUGGGCUUUUUGUAAAUAGUUAUAAACUUAAAAUGUUUAAUAAAGAAUCUCAAAAAGUUCAUAAAGAGAUCGUAAAACUAAUCCAUAUGAAUUGUGCGUUUUAGUCCCAAUUUUCUGAAGAGACUAUAUAAUAAACAUUUAAUUUAGGCUUUUAUUCACAUAUAAACAUUCAUCAACUCACACAUCAGUUGUGGUAAACAGAAGCUCAAGAGCCAAUGAGGUUCGUUUCGUGUUAGGCAGCAUAUUUGAGCUUCCAGAAGAGGUUCUCAUGGGGCAAGCAGGUUUGGUUGAGCUUCUGAUUAUGUUCACUGAUCAAUGUUUAUAUGUGAGUAAAAGCCUAAAUUAAAUCUGUUUAUCAUAAAAAGUCUCUUCAGAAAAUUUGGACUAAACCGCUCGAUUCAUUUUUUUUUUUUUUUUUUUAAGAUCUUUUUAUGAACUUUUUGAAGCAUCAAAGCAUUGUGUAGCUGUCUAUGGAGAAGUCAGAGAGCUCUCAGAUUAUCAAAAAUAUCUUAAUUUUGUGUUCCGAAGAUGAACGAAAGUCUUGCAGGUUUGGAACGACAUGAGGGUGAAUAAUUAAUGAUAGAAUUUUUAUUUUUAGGUGAAACCUUUAAGUCUUUAAAAAAAAUUGUGUUCUGUCUCAGCACUUUUCCUUGUAUCUACGGUGUAACGGUGAACCUCUUUAAACCGGGUUUGCUUGGCAUCUUGUUGUUCCUCUGUGAUUGUGAUUGUCUUGUCAUGUUGUUUCAUAUUUUAAUAUUUGGUGCUACAGAAUGACAGAAAAUCACCUGUCCAGAUUCUCUUGCCAUCAAAGUGCUCUUAACAAGUAAGAAAAUAUAAUCUCAUACUUAUGAAUCACUAAUGAAAAUCAUAGAAGAAUCUUACUGUCACCUUUUUCAUGAGUUUUUUUUGUUUUCAUAGUUACCAAAAACUUUCUUAGUCCCUUUUUUAGUAUGAAACACUUUGAUGUCAUUUUAUAAUUUUUGUUAAUGAACAUUAAUUUGGUUUACUUUAUAAACCUGUUUGACAUGCAUAAAUGUGUAAACGAUCCACACUUUCCAACCAGACAUUAAGCUGUAUUUCAUUAGUGGUGUGCUGUUGGUUGAUCAGAAGUUGCAUGUAGCAUGACCCUAUUUUCCACUGCUGCAUAACAGUGCAGGAUUCUGAAGUUUUAGGAUGGGGCUGAACUUUGGAUUGGAGAUCAGUGGGCCAUGGACAUGCACAUCAUUCUCCAAUUAAGGUCUAUAUUCUGGGUAAACCUUUAUUCUGAAAAGAUGUUUACAUGCUCCACAACUUUAAAUAUUACUGUCUACAUGUAAUGAACAUUAUCUGAAUAAACCAGUGUACUUUC